AUGUCUCUGAUGUAUGGGUUAUUAGUCGAGUGUGCAGUCAGAGGAUGGCCGAGAAUAGCGACCGUCGUCGACAGCGAUCCCAACUUUAUGAUCUAUCGCCGAUUCGGAUUCCUGAGAACGCGGCUGCUGUUGUGGCAUCAAGACAUCCUCCGAGAAAUGGAGUCCCGGCUCGAUUACCAGGACAUGCAGGACGCCAGGUCGGCGAAGACACGACGAUACCUGUCGAACCGGGACGGCGACGACAUGCGAACCCCAGCCGUGCGUCGAGUCUUGUUCCAGGAGCUCGACGCGCAACUGAAGGCUUACGACGAUCUUUUGGUGCGCUCCGCAACACUGUAUCAGUGGCAGAGACCUUGCGACGAAGACCGCGCGAGCAUCGUCAGUCUGAUCCACAAUGAUGGGAGCCUCGCAAACAGGGACCGCAGCUGGAUCAGGAAGAUCGACGACCUGAUCGUGCUCGGUGGAGAGCCAAACUCUUCCUGGGUCCAUGGCCUGGUCAGCCACCUCUUUACAUGGACCAGCAGGUCCUUGGUCCGAUGUUUGUUACGCAACAAAGUCCAGAACCGGAAGCUCGAGGGUUCGACCAUCCAUGUCCAACUGUUUGAGAGACAGCGAUUCAACCGGGUCGUCGGGUUCCUGUACACCAUCGCCAUUGCGGCCCUGAUCAUGGGCCCAGUCCUGGUCCUCUACAGGUUGAGACACCUCGACGGGUACGCGCAGAACUCGUUGGCGUUUGCCUUUACCAUCGCGUUCGCAUUGCUCUGCUCCACGGCGACGGCUGCAAAGCAGCACGAGAUCUUUGCGGUGACUGCGGCGUGA